AUGUGCGACUGCUUCCACGUGGUGCUGCCCAGCUGGGCCGGAGCCCCCGGCAGCGCUGCUGGCCGGCGCCUUCAGCCUGAGGAUCUGGACCUCGAAGCUGAGGAGAGCUCUGUGACCGAGGGGCCUGGGGCUGAGAUCAUACGGCCCCGGCCGCAGGGCUCAUCCCCCGUGUACGAGUGCACUGAGGGCGCCAGCGUGGGCCUCCUGGAGGACGAAAGGGGCAGCUGGAGAGCCUGGCGGAAACGGGACUCUGGGGACUCGAGGACCUUUUCCAGGAUGAGUCGCACAGAGGUGGGUGAGUGUGCAGAGGCCACGCUGAAGACCGAGGUGGAGGCGGGCGCGAGCGGCUACAGCGUGACAGGCGGCGGGCGGCACGGCCUCUUCGUCAAGCAGGUGCUCAAGGGCUCCACGGCGGCCAAGCUCUUCAGCCUGCAAGAAGGGGAUCAGUUGCUCAGCGCCACCAUCUUCUUCGAUGACAUCCGGUAUGAAGAUGCACUCAAGAUCCUGCAGUACUCGGAGCCCUACAAGGUGCAGUUCUGCAUCCGCCGGAAGCUUCCUGAGGCACAGCGCACCCGCCAGCAGGAGCAAGACAUCACAGAAGGCCUUCUGGACACACCCACAAAGACACUGGAAGGAGAAGAGGACCAGGAGAGGCUAAUAUCAAAGACCCGCACAGGUAGAGGGCGAAGGGCCCAGAGGGAGCGACUGUCGUGGCCCAAAUUCCAGGCCAUCAAGAGCAAAGGCCGCCUGGGCCCGCGGAGGUCACACAGCUCCUCAGAAGCCUAUGAGAAGGGAGCUGAGGGAGAUGUGUCGCCAACCAGCACCGACACAGAGGCACAGCACCCCGAAGACCCACAGGAAAUGAAGGCAGGCACUGGAGGCAGACGCAGGAAAAGCCUCAUAAACCUAAGAUUCAGGAAGAUCUCGGGAAAGUCGGGGGGCACAAGCUGGCAGCGGGGUAGAGGGACCCCAGGAGGAGAGGGCCACACAGGGCUCCAGGAGGAGGCCGAGGCCUGGAGUGAUGCUCAGGAAGACGGCAUGAUUGGAAUUCAGGACAAGAGACUGCAGAAACAGGCGGUCCCAAAGAGUAGCCUGAGCACAGAGCAGCCCUCGGACCCAGUGCAGAUGACCCUAGGGGAGAGCAGGGAAGCAGCAAAGACGAAACACAGGCAAGGAAGAUGGGACCAACACGAAACACAAAUACGCAAGGAAGACGCUAUGGGCACAAAGAGAGCUGACAGAAAGCAGAGCGGGGCAGGGCAGGGUGAGCUGAAAGACGUGCAAGAGCUGGAACAAGAGCUGGCAAAGCUGUCACUAAAAGAUAAGACACAGGAGAAGACGAUUGACAUAGCACUACAAGGAACACAAGUCCGAUUCCCAAAGCUGAAGACUCCGAAGUUCAGGGUCACUGCAGAGGAAAGAGGGGAAACAAUAAGGAGAGAGAAAGCAGAUCGAGGCAUGGAAAAUGUAGAUAAUUCAAAAGAAGAAGAAAAACACAAAAAAACAAAAGUGAAAGAAGAGAAGGAUGGGGAUGACAUCGCCCUGGGAGGCAAGGACGUGGGGGCCAGGGACAGCAAGUUCAAGAUGCCCAAGUUCAAGAUGCCGUCCUUCGGGGGCUCCGCAGCUGGCAAGUCCAUCGAGGCCUCCAUGCACAGCGACGUGGACGUCACGCUGCCCGAGGUGCAGGCAGACGUCACCCUGCCCUCUGCCCAAGGGGACCUCAAGACCGGAGACCUCAGCAUCCAGCUCCCGUCCGUGGACGUGGAUGUCGCAUCAGGCGUCAAGGCCGUGCAGCCCCCUGAGCUGGAGGUACCCGAAGCCACACUCCCGGACGUGGAAGUCAGAGGCGGCCUCAAGGGCCACCUGCCCAAGGUGAAGACCCCCAGCUUCAAGGUGCCCAAAGUGGACUUCAAGGCGCCCCAGGUGGACAUCUCGGCGCCCAAGCUGGACGUGAAGGGCCCCAAGGCAGAGGUCAGCACCCCCAGCGUCGAGGUGAAGCUGCCCACCGCUGACGUCGAGAUUCGCGCCCCUGAUGCCACGCUGGAGGCGGACAUCGCCCUGGGAGGCAAGGACGUGGGGGCCAGGGACAGCAAGUUCAAGAUGCCCAAGUUCAAGAUGCCGUCCUUCGGGGGCUCCGCAGCUGGCAAGUCCAUCGAGGCCUCCAUGCACAGCGACGUGGACGUCACGCUGCCCGAGGUGCAGGCGGACGUCACCCUGCCCUCUGCCCAAGGGGACCUCAAGACCGGAGACCUCAGCAUCCAGCUCCCGUCCGUGGACGUGGAUGUCGCAUCAGGCGUCAAGGCCGUGCAGCCCCCUGAGCUGGAGGUACCCGAAGCCACACUCCCGGACGUGGAAGUCAGAGGCGGCCUCAAGGGCCACCUGCCCAAGGUGAAGACCCCCAGCUUCAAGGUGCCCAAAGUGGACUUCAAGGCGCCCCAGGUGGACAUCUCGGCGCCCAAGCUGGACGUGAAGGGCCCCAAGGCAGAGGUCAGCACCCCCAGCGUCGAGGUGAAGCUGCCCACCGCUGACGUCGAGAUUCGCGCCCCUGAUGCCACGCUGGAGGCGGACAUCGCCCUGGGAGGCAAGGACGUGGGGGCCAGGGACAGCAAGUUCAAGAUGCCCAAGUUCAAGAUGCCGUCCUUCGGGGGCUCCGCAGCUGGCAAGUCCAUCGAGGCCUCCAUGCACAGCGACGUGGACGUCACGCUGCCCGAGGUGCAGGCGGACGUCACCCUGCCCUCUGCCCAAGGGGACCUCAAGACCGGAGACCUCAGCAUCCAGCUCCCGUCCGUGGACGUGGAUGUCGCAUCAGGCGUCAAGGCCGUGCAGCCCCCUGAGCUGGAGGUACCCGAAGCCACACUCCCGGACGUGGAAGUCAGAGGCGGCCUCAAGGGCCACCUGCCCAAGGUGAAGACCCCCAGCUUCAAGGUGCCCAAAGUGGACUUCAAGGCGCCCCAGGUGGACAUCUCGGCGCCCAAGCUGGACGUGAAGGGCCCCAAGGCAGAGGUCAGCACCCCCAGCGUCGAGGUGAAGCAGCCCACCGCUGACGUCGAGAUUCGCGCCCCUGAUGCCACGCUGGAGGCGGACAUCGCCCUGGGAGGCAAGGACGUGGGGGCCAGGGACAGCAAGUUCAAGAUGCCCAAGUUCAAGAUGCCGUCCUUCGGGGGCUCCGCUGCUGGCAAGUCCAUCGAGGCCUCCAUGCACAGCGACGUGGACGUCACGCUGCCCGAGGUGCAGGCGGACGUCACCCUGCCCUCUGCCCAAGGGGACCUCAAGACCGGAGACCUCAGCAUCCAGCUCCCGUCCGUGGACGUGGAUGUCGCAUCAGGCGUCAAGGCCGUGCAGCCCCCUGAGCUGGAGGUACCCGAAGCCACACUCCCGGACGUGGAAGUCAGAGGCGGCCUCAAGGGCCACCUGCCCAAGGUGAAGACCCCCAGCUUCAAGGUGCCCAAAGUGGACUUCAAGGCGCCCCAGGUGGACAUCUCGGCGCCCAAGCUGGACGUGAAGGGCCCCAAGGCAGAGGUCAGCACCCCCAGCGUCGAGGUGAAGCUGCCCACCGCUGACGUCGAGAUUCGCGCCCCUGAUGCCACGCUGGAGGCGGACAUCGCCCUGGGAGGCAAGGACGUGGGGGCCAGGGACAGCAAGUUCAAGAUGCCCAAGUUCAAGAUGCCGUCCUUCGGGGGCUCCGCUGCUGGCAAGUCCAUCGAGGCCUCCAUGCACAGCGACGUGGACGUCACGCUGCCCGAGGUGCAGGCGGACGUCACCCUGCCCUCUGCCCAAGGGGACCUCAAGACCGGAGACCUCAGCAUCCAGCUCCCGUCCGUGGACGUGGAUGUCGCAUCAGGCGUCAAGGCCGUGCAGCCCCCUGAGCUGGAGGUACCCGAAGCCACACUCCCGGACGUGGAAGUCAGAGGCGGCCUCAAGGGCCACCUGCCCAAGGUGAAGACCCCCAGCUUCAAGGUGCCCAAAGUGGACUUCAAGGCGCCCCAGGUGGACAUCUCGGCGCCCAAGCUGGACGUGAAGGGCCCCAAGGCAGAGGUCAGCACCCCCAGCGUCGAGGUGAAGCUGCCCACCGCUGACGUCGAGAUUCGCGCCCCUGAUGCCACGCUGGAGGCGGACAUCGCCCUGGGAGGCAAGGACGUGGGGGCCAGGGACAGCAAGUUCAAGAUGCCCAAGUUCAAGAUGCCGUCCUUCGGGGGCUCCGCAGCUGGCAAGUCCAUCGAGGCCUCCAUGCACAGCGACGUGGACGUCACGCUGCCCGAGGUGCAGGCGGACGUCACCCUGCCCUCUGCCCAAGGGGACCUCAAGACCGGAGACCUCAGCAUCCAGCUCCCGUCCGUGGACGUGGAUGUCGCAUCAGGCGUCAAGGCCGUGCAGCCCCCUGAGCUGGAGGUACCCGAAGCCACACUCCCGGACGUGGAAGUCAGAGGCGGCCUCAAGGGCCACCUGCCCAAGGUGAAGACCCCCAGCUUCAAGGUGCCCAAAGUGGACUUCAAGGCGCCCCAGGUGGACAUCUCGGCGCCCAAGCUGGACGUGAAGGGCCCCAAGGCAGAGGUCAGCACCCCCAGCGUCGAGGUGAAGCUGCCCACCGCUGACGUCGAGAUUCGCGCCCCUGAUGCCACGCUGGAGGCGGACAUCGCCCUGGGAGGCAAGGACGUGGGGGCCAGGGACAGCAAGUUCAAGAUGCCCAAGUUCAAGAUGCCGUCCUUCGGGGGCUCCGCUGCUGGCAAGUCCAUCGAGGCCUCCAUGCACAGCGACGUGGACGUCACGCUGCCCGAGGUGCAGGCGGACGUCACCCUGCCCUCUGCCCAAGGGGACCUCAAGACCGGAGACCUCAGCAUCCAGCUCCCGUCCGUGGACGUGGAUGUCGUAUCAGGCGUCAAGGCCGUGCAGCCCCCUGAGCUGGAGGUACCCGAAGCCACACUCCCGGACGUGGAAGUCAGAGGCGGCCUCAAGGGCCACCUGCCCAAGGUGAAGACCCCCAGCUUCAAGGUGCCCAAAGUGGACUUCAAGGCGCCCCAGGUGGACAUCUCGGCGCCCAAGCUGGACGUGAAGGGCCCCAAGGCAGAGGUCAGCACCCCCAGCGUCGAGGUGAAGCUGCCCACCGCUGACGUCGAGAUUCGCGCCCCUGAUAUUCGCGCCCCUGAUGCCACGCUGGAGGCGGACAUCGCCCUGGGAGGCAAGGACGUGGGGGCCAGGGACAGCAAGUUCAAGAUGCCCAAGUUCAAGAUGCCGUCCUUCGGGGGCUCCGCUGCUGGCAAGUCCAUCGAGGCCUCCAUGCACAGCGACGUGGACGUCACGCUGCCCGAGGUGCAGGCGGACGUCACCCUGCCCUCUGCCCAAGGGGACCUCAAGACCGGAGACCUCAGCAUCCAGCUCCCGUCCGUGGACGUGGAUGUCGCAUCAGGCGUCAAGGCCGUGCAGCCCCCUGAGCUGGAGGUACCCGAAGCCACACUCCCGGACGUGGAAGUCAGAGGCGGCCUCAAGGGCCACCUGCCCAAGGUGAAGACCCCCAGCUUCAAGGUGCCCAAAGUGGACUUCAAGGCGCCCCAGGUGGACAUCUCGGCGCCCAAGCUGGACGUGAAGGGCCCCAAGGCAGAGGUCAGCACCCCCAGCGUCGAGGUGAAGCUGCCCACCGCUGACGUCGAGAUUCGCGCCCCUGAUGCCACGCUGGAGGCGGACAUCGCCCUGGGAGGCAAGGACGUGGGGGCCAGGGACAGCAAGUUCAAGAUGCCCAAGUUCAAGAUGCCGUCCUUCGGGGGCUCCGCAGCUGGCAAGUCCAUCGAGGCCUCCAUGCACAGCGACGUGGACGUCACGCUGCCCGAGGUGCAGGCGGACGUCACCCUGCCCUCUGCCCAAGGGGACCUCAAGACCGGAGACCUCAGCAUCCAGCUCCCGUCCGUGGACGUGGAUGUCGCAUCAGGCGUCAAGGCCGUGCAGCCCCCUGAGCUGGAGGUACCCGAAGCCACACUCCCGGACGUGGAAGUCAGAGGCGGCCUCAAGGGCCACCUGCCCAAGGUGAAGACCCCCAGCUUCAAGGUGCCCAAAGUGGACUUCAAGGCGCCCCAGGUGGACAUCUCGGCGCCCAAGCUGGACGUGAAGGGCCCCAAGGCAGAGGUCAGCACCCCCAGCGUCGAGGUGAAGCUGCCCACCGCUGACGUCGAGAUUCGCGCCCCUGAUGCCACGCUGGAGGCGGACAUCGCCCUGGGAGGCAAGGACGUGGGGGCCAGGGACAGCAAGUUCAAGAUGCCCAAGUUCAAGAUGCCGUCCUUCGGGGGCUCCGCUGCUGGCAAGUCCAUCGAGGCCUCCAUGCACAGCGACGUGGACGUCACGCUGCCCGAGGUGCAGGCGGACGUCACCCUGCCCUCUGCCCAAGGGGACCUCAAGACCGGAGACCUCAGCAUCCAGCUCCCGUCCGUGGACGUGGAUGUCGCAUCAGGCGUCAAGGCCGUGCAGCCCCCUGAGCUGGAGGUACCCGAAGCCACACUCCCGGACGUGGAAGUCAGAGGCGGCCUCAAGGGCCACCUGCCCAAGGUGAAGACCCCCAGCUUCAAGGUGCCCAAAGUGGACUUCAAGGCGCCCCAGGUGGACAUCUCGGCGCCCAAGCUGGACGUGAAGGGCCCCAAGGCAGAGGUCAGCACCCCCAGCGUCGAGGUGAAGCUGCCCACCGCUGACGUCGAGAUUCGCGCCCCUGAUGCCACGCUGGAGGCGGACAUCGCCCUGGGAGGCAAGGACGUGGGGGCCAGGGACAGCAAGUUCAAGAUGCCCAAGUUCAAGAUGCCGUCCUUCGGGGGCUCCGCAGCUGGCAAGUCCAUCGAGGCCUCCAUGCACAGCGACGUGGACGUCACGCUGCCCGAGGUGCAGGCGGACGUCACCCUGCCCUCUGCCCAAGGGGACCUCAAGACCGGAGACCUCAGCAUCCAGCUCCCGUCCGUGGACGUGGAUGUCGCAUCAGGCGUCAAGGCCGUGCAGCCCCCUGAGCUGGAGGUACCCGAAGCCACACUCCCGGACGUGGAAGUCAGAGGCGGCCUCAAGGGCCACCUGCCCAAGGUGAAGACCCCCAGCUUCAAGGUGCCCAAAGUGGACUUCAAGGCGCCCCAGGUGGACAUCUCGGCGCCCAAGCUGGACGUGAAGGGCCCCAAGGCAGAGGUCAGCACCCCCAGCGUCGAGGUGAAGCUGCCCACCGCUGACGUCGAGAUUCGCGCCCCUGAUGCCACGCUGGAGGCGGACAUCGCCCUGGGAGGCAAGGACGUGGGGGCCAGGGACAGCAAGUUCAAGAUGCCCAAGUUCAAGAUGCCGUCCUUCGGGGGCUCCGCUGCUGGCAAGUCCAUCGAGGCCUCCAUGCACAGCGACGUGGACGUCACGCUGCCCGAGGUGCAGGCGGACGUCACCCUGCCCUCUGCCCAAGGGGACCUCAAGACCGGAGACCUCAGCAUCCAGCUCCCGUCCGUGGACGUGGAUGUCGUAUCAGGCGUCAAGGCCGUGCAGCCCCCUGAGCUGGAGGUACCCGAAGCCACACUCCCGGACGUGGAAGUCAGAGGCGGCCUCAAGGGCCACCUGCCCAAGGUGAAGACCCCCAGCUUCAAGGUGCCCAAAGUGGACUUCAAGGCGCCCCAGGUGGACAUCUCGGCGCCCAAGCUGGACGUGAAGGGCCCCAAGGCAGAGGUCAGCACCCCCAGCGUCGAGGUGAAGCUGCCCACCGCUGACGUCGAGAUUCGCGCCCCUGAUGCCACGCUGGAGGCGGACAUCGCCCUGGGAGGCAAGGACGUGGGGGCCAGGGACAGCAAGUUCAAGAUGCCCAAGUUCAAGAUGCCGUCCUUCGGGGGCUCCGCAGCUGGCAAGUCCAUCGAGGCCUCCAUGCACAGCGACGUGGACGUCACGCUGCCCGAGGUGCAGGCGGACGUCACCCUGCCCUCUGCCCAAGGGGACCUCAAGACCGGAGACCUCAGCAUCCAGCUCCCGUCCGUGGACGUGGAUGUCGCAUCAGGCGUCAAGGCCGUGCAGCCCCCUGAGCUGGAGGUACCCGAAGCCACACUCCCGGACGUGGAAGUCAGAGGCGGCCUCAAGGGCCACCUGCCCAAGGUGAAGACCCCCAGCUUCAAGGUGCCCAAAGUGGACUUCAAGGCGCCCCAGGUGGACAUCUCGGCGCCCAAGCUGGACGUGAAGGGCCCCAAGGCAGAGGUCAGCACCCCCAGCGUCGAGGUGAAGCUGCCCACCGCUGACGUCGAGAUUCGCGCCCCUGAUGCCACGCUGGAGGCGGACAUCGCCCUGGGAGGCAAGGACGUGGGGGCCAGGGACAGCAAGUUCAAGAUGCCCAAGUUCAAGAUGCCGUCCUUCGGGGGCUCCGCAGCUGGCAAGUCCAUCGAGGCCUCCAUGCACAGCGACGUGGACGUCACGCUGCCCGAGGUGCAGGCGGACGUCACCCUGCCCUCUGCCCAAGGGGACCUCAAGACCGGAGACCUCAGCAUCCAGCUCCCGUCCGUGGACGUGGAUGUCGCAUCAGGCGUCAAGGCCGUGCAGCCCCCUGAGCUGGAGGUACCCGAAGCCACACUCCCGGACGUGGAAGUCAGAGGCGGCCUCAAGGGCCACCUGCCCAAGGUGAAGACCCCCAGCUUCAAGGUGCCCAAAGUGGACUUCAAGGCGCCCCAGGUGGACAUCUCGGCGCCCAAGCUGGACGUGAAGGGCCCCAAGGCAGAGGUCAGCACCCCCAGCGUCGAGGUGAAGCAGCCCACCGCUGACGUCGAGAUUCGCGCCCCUGAUGCCACGCUGGAGGCGGACAUCGCCCUGGGAGGCAAGGACGUGGGGGCCAGGGACAGCAAGUUCAAGAUGCCCAAGUUCAAGAUGCCGUCCUUCGGGGGCUCCGCUGCUGGCAAGUCCAUCGAGGCCUCCAUGCACAGCGACGUGGACGUCACGCUGCCCGAGGUGCAGGCGGACGUCACCCUGCCCUCUGCCCAAGGGGACCUCAAGACCGGAGACCUCAGCAUCCAGCUCCCGUCCGUGGACGUGGAUGUCGCAUCAGGCGUCAAGGCCGUGCAGCCCCCUGAGCUGGAGGUACCCGAAGCCACACUCCCGGACGUGGAAGUCAGAGGCGGCCUCAAGGGCCACCUGCCCAAGGUGAAGACCCCCAGCUUCAAGGUGCCCAAAGUGGACUUCAAGGCGCCCCAGGUGGACAUCUCGGCGCCCAAGCUGGACGUGAAGGGCCCCAAGGCAGAGGUCAGCACCCCCAGCGUCGAGGUGAAGCUGCCCACCGCUGACGUCGAGAUUCGCGCCCCUGAUGCCACGCUGGAGGCGGACAUCGCCCUGGGAGGCAAGGACGUGGGGGCCAGGGACAGCAAGUUCAAGAUGCCCAAGUUCAAGAUGCCGUCCUUCGGGGGCUCCGCUGCUGGCAAGUCCAUCGAGGCCUCCAUGCACAGCGACGUGGACGUCACGCUGCCCGAGGUGCAGGCGGACGUCACCCUGCCCUCUGCCCAAGGGGACCUCAAGACCGGAGACCUCAGCAUCCAGCUCCCGUCCGUGGACGUGGAUGUCGCAUCAGGCGUCAAGGCCGUGCAGCCCCCUGAGCUGGAGGUACCCGAAGCCACACUCCCGGACGUGGAAGUCAGAGGCGGCCUCAAGGGCCACCUGCCCAAGGUGAAGACCCCCAGCUUCAAGGUGCCCAAAGUGGACUUCAAGGCGCCCCAGGUGGACAUCUCGGCGCCCAAGCUGGACGUGAAGGGCCCCAAGGCAGAGGUCAGCACCCCCAGCGUCGAGGUGAAGCUGCCCACCGCUGACGUCGAGAUUCGCGCCCCUGAUGCCACGCUGGAGGCGGACAUCGCCCUGGGAGGCAAGGACGUGGGGGCCAGGGACAGCAAGUUCAAGAUGCCCAAGUUCAAGAUGCCGUCCUUCGGGGGCUCCGCUGCUGGCAAGUCCAUCGAGGCCUCCAUGCACAGCGACGUGGACGUCACGCUGCCCGAGGUGCAGGCGGACGUCACCCUGCCCUCUGCCCAAGGGGACCUCAAGACCGGAGACCUCAGCAUCCAGCUCCCGUCCGUGGACGUGGAUGUCGCAUCAGGCGUCAAGGCCGUGCAGCCCCCUGAGCUGGAGGUACCCGAAGCCACACUCCCGGACGUGGAAGUCAGAGGCGGCCUCAAGGGCCACCUGCCCAAGGUGAAGACCCCCAGCUUCAAGGUGCCCAAAGUGGACUUCAAGGCGCCCCAGGUGGACAUCUCGGCGCCCAAGCUGGACGUGAAGGGCCCCAAGGCAGAGGUCAGCACCCCCAGCGUCGAGGUGAAGCUGCCCACCGCUGACGUCGAGAUUCGCGCCCCUGAUGCCACGCUGGAGGCGGACAUCGCCCUGGGAGGCAAGGACGUGGGGGCCAGGGACAGCAAGUUCAAGAUGCCCAAGUUCAAGAUGCCGUCCUUCGGGGGCUCCGCAGCUGGCAAGUCCAUCGAGGCCUCCAUGCACAGCGACGUGGACGUCACGCUGCCCGAGGUGCAGGCGGACGUCACCCUGCCCUCUGCCCAAGGGGACCUCAAGACCGGAGACCUCAGCAUCCAGCUCCCGUCCGUGGACGUGGAUGUCGCAUCAGGCGUCAAGGCCGUGCAGCCCCCUGAGCUGGAGGUACCCGAAGCCACACUCCCGGACGUGGAAGUCAGAGGCGGCCUCAAGGGCCACCUGCCCAAGGUGAAGACCCCCAGCUUCAAGGUGCCCAAAGUGGACUUCAAGGCGCCCCAGGUGGACAUCUCGGCGCCCAAGCUGGACGUGAAGGGCCCCAAGGCAGAGGUCAGCACCCCCAGCGUCGAGGUGAAGCUGCCCACCGCUGACGUCGAGAUUCGCGCCCCUGAUGCCACGCUGGAGGCGGACAUCGCCCUGGGAGGCAAGGACGUGGGGGCCAGGGACAGCAAGUUCAAGAUGCCCAAGUUCAAGAUGCCGUCCUUCGGGGGCUCCGCAGCUGGCAAGUCCAUCGAGGCCUCCAUGCACAGCGACGUGGACGUCACGCUGCCCGAGGUGCAGGCGGACGUCACCCUGCCCUCUGCCCAAGGGGACCUCAAGACCGGAGACCUCAGCAUCCAGCUCCCGUCCGUGGACGUGGAUGUCGCAUCAGGCGUCAAGGCCGUGCAGCCCCCUGAGCUGGAGGUACCCGAAGCCACACUCCCGGACGUGGAAGUCAGAGGCGGCCUCAAGGGCCACCUGCCCAAGGUGAAGACCCCCAGCUUCAAGGUGCCCAAAGUGGACUUCAAGGCGCCCCAGGUGGACAUCUCGGCGCCCAAGCUGGACGUGAAGGGCCCCAAGGCAGAGGUCAGCACCCCCAGCGUCGAGGUGAAGCUGCCCACCGCUGACGUCGAGAUUCGCGCCCCUGAUGCCACGCUGGAGGCGGACAUCGCCCUGGGAGGCAAGGACGUGGGGGCCAGGGACAGCAAGUUCAAGAUGCCCAAGUUCAAGAUGCCGUCCUUCGGGGGCUCCGCAGCUGGCAAGUCCAUCGAGGCCUCCAUGCACAGCGACGUGGACGUCACGCUGCCCGAGGUGCAGGCGGACGUCACCCUGCCCUCUGCCCAAGGGGACCUCAAGACCGGAGACCUCAGCAUCCAGCUCCCGUCCGUGGACGUGGAUGUCGCAUCAGGCGUCAAGGCCGUGCAGCCCCCUGAGCUGGAGGUACCCGAAGCCACACUCCCGGACGUGGAAGUCAGAGGCGGCCUCAAGGGCCACCUGCCCAAGGUGAAGACCCCCAGCUUCAAGGUGCCCAAAGUGGACUUCAAGGCGCCCCAGGUGGACAUCUCGGCGCCCAAGCUGGACGUGAAGGGCCCCAAGGCAGAGGUCAGCACCCCCAGCGUCGAGGUGAAGCUGCCCACCGCUGACGUCGAGAUUCGCGCCCCUGAUGCCACGCUGGAGGCGGACAUCGCCCUGGGAGGCAAGGACGUGGGGGCCAGGGACAGCAAGUUCAAGAUGCCCAAGUUCAAGAUGCCGUCCUUCGGGGGCUCCGCUGCUGGCAAGUCCAUCGAGGCCUCCAUGCACAGCGACGUGGACGUCACGCUGCCCGAGGUGCAGGCGGACGUCACCCUGCCCUCUGCCCAAGGGGACCUCAAGACCGGAGACCUCAGCAUCCAGCUCCCGUCCGUGGACGUGGAUGUCGCAUCAGGCGUCAAGGCCGUGCAGCCCCCUGAGCUGGAGGUACCCGAAGCCACACUCCCGGACGUGGAAGUCAGAGGCGGCCUCAAGGGCCACCUGCCCAAGGUGAAGACCCCCAGCUUCAAGGUGCCCAAAGUGGACUUCAAGGCGCCCCAGGUGGACAUCUCGGCGCCCAAGCUGGACGUGAAGGGCCCCAAGGCAGAGGUCAGCACCCCCAGCGUCGAGGUGAAGCUGCCCACCGCUGACGUCGAGAUUCGCGCCCCUGAUGCCACGCUGGAGGCGGACAUCGCCCUGGGAGGCAAGGACGUGGGGGCCAGGGACAGCAAGUUCAAGAUGCCCAAGUUCAAGAUGCCGUCCUUCGGGGGCUCCGCAGCUGGCAAGUCCAUCGAGGCCUCCAUGCACAGCGACGUGGACGUCACGCUGCCCGAGGUGCAGGCGGACGUCACCCUGCCCUCUGCCCAAGGGGACCUCAAGACCGGAGACCUCAGCAUCCAGCUCCCGUCCGUGGACGUGGAUGUCGCAUCAGGCGUCAAGGCCGUGCAGCCCCCUGAGCUGGAGGUACCCGAAGCCACACUCCCGGACGUGGAAGUCAGAGGCGGCCUCAAGGGCCACCUGCCCAAGGUGAAGACCCCCAGCUUCAAGGUGCCCAAAGUGGACUUCAAGGCGCCCCAGGUGGACAUCUCGGCGCCCAAGCUGGACGUGAAGGGCCCCAAGGCAGAGGUCAGCACCCCCAGCGUCGAGGUGAAGCUGCCCACCGCUGACGUCGAGAUUCGCGCCCCUGAUGCCACGCUGGAGGCGGACAUCGCCCUGGGAGGCAAGGACGUGGGGGCCAGGGACAGCAAGUUCAAGAUGCCCAAGUUCAAGAUGCCGUCCUUCGGGGGCUCCGCAGCUGGCAAGUCCAUCGAGGCCUCCAUGCACAGCGACGUGGACGUCACGCUGCCCGAGGUGCAGGCGGACGUCACCCUGCCCUCUGCCCAAGGGGACCUCAAGACCGGAGACCUCAGCAUCCAGCUCCCGUCCGUGGACGUGGAUGUCGCAUCAGGCGUCAAGGCCGUGCAGCCCCCUGAGCUGGAGGUACCCGAAGCCACACUCCCGGACGUGGAAGUCAGAGGCGGCCUCAAGGGCCACCUGCCCAAGGUGAAGACCCCCAGCUUCAAGGUGCCCAAAGUGGACUUCAAGGCGCCCCAGGUGGACAUCUCGGCGCCCAAGCUGGACGUGAAGGGCCCCAAGGCAGAGGUCAGCACCCCCAGCGUCGAGGUGAAGCUGCCCACCGCUGACGUCGAGAUUCGCGCCCCUGAUGCCACGCUGGAGGCGGACAUCGCCCUGGGAGGCAAGGACGUGGGGGCCAGGGACAGCAAGUUCAAGAUGCCCAAGUUCAAGAUGCCGUCCUUCGGGGGCUCCGCAGCUGGCAAGUCCAUCGAGGCCUCCAUGCACAGCGACGUGGACGUCACGCUGCCCGAGGUGCAGGCGGACGUCACCCUGCCCUCUGCCCAAGGGGACCUCAAGACCGGAGACCUCAGCAUCCAGCUCCCGUCCGUGGACGUGGAUGUCGCAUCAGGCGUCAAGGCCGUGCAGCCCCCUGAGCUGGAGGUACCCGAAGCCACACUCCCGGACGUGGAAGUCAGAGGCGGCCUCAAGGGCCACCUGCCCAAGGUGAAGACCCCCAGCUUCAAGGUGCCCAAAGUGGACUUCAAGGCGCCCCAGGUGGACAUCUCGGCGCCCAAGCUGGACGUGAAGGGCCCCAAGGCAGAGGUCAGCACCCCCAGCGUCGAGGUGAAGCUGCCCACCGCUGACGUCGAGAUUCGCGCCCCUGAUGCCACGCUGGAGGCGGACAUCGCCCUGGGAGGCAAGGACGUGGGGGCCAGGGACAGCAAGUUCAAGAUGCCCAAGUUCAAGAUGCCGUCCUUCGGGGGCUCCGCAGCUGGCAAGUCCAUCGAGGCCUCCAUGCACAGCGACGUGGACGUCACGCUGCCCGAGGUGCAGGCGGACGUCACCCUGCCCUCUGCCCAAGGGGACCUCAAGACCGGAGACCUCAGCAUCCAGCUCCCGUCCGUGGACGUGGAUGUCGCAUCAGGCGUCAAGGCCGUGCAGCCCCCUGAGCUGGAGGUACCCGAAGCCACACUCCCGGACGUGGAAGUCAGAGGCGGCCUCAAGGGCCACCUGCCCAAGGUGAAGACCCCCAGCUUCAAGGUGCCCAAAGUGGACUUCAAGGCGCCCCAGGUGGACAUCUCGGCGCCCAAGCUGGACGUGAAGGGCCCCAAGGCAGAGGUCAGCACCCCCAGCGUCGAGGUGAAGCUGCCCACCGCUGACGUCGAGAUUCGCGCCCCUGAUGCCACGCUGGAGGCGGACAUCGCCCUGGGAGGCAAGGACGUGGGGGCCAGGGACAGCAAGUUCAAGAUGCCCAAGUUCAAGAUGCCGUCCUUCGGGGGCUCCACAGCUGGCAAGUCCAUCGAGGCCUCCAUGCACAGCGACGUGGACGUCACGCUGCCCGAGGUGCAGGCGGACGUCACCCUGCCCUCUGCCCAAGGGGACCUCAAGACCGGAGACCUCAGCAUCCAGCUCCCGUCCGUGGACGUGGAUGUCGCAUCAGGCGUCAAGGCCGUGCAGCCCCCUGAGCUGGAGGUACCCGAAGCCACACUCCCGGACGUGGAAGUCAGAGGCGGCCUCAAGGGCCACCUGCCCAAGGUGAAGACCCCCAGCUUCAAGGUGCCCAAAGUGGACUUCAAGGCGCCCCAGGUGGACAUCUCGGCGCCCAAGCUGGACGUGAAGGGCCCCAAGGCAGAGGUCAGCACCCCCAGCGUCGAGGUGAAGCUGCCCACCGCUGACGUCGAGAUUCGCGCCCCUGAUGCCACGCUGGAGGCGGACAUCGCCCUGGGAGGCAAGGACGUGGGGGCCAGGGACAGCAAGUUCAAGAUGCCCAAGUUCAAGAUGCCGUCCUUCGGGGGCUCCGCAGCUGGCAAGUCCAUCGAGGCCUCCAUGCACAGCGACGUGGACGUCACGCUGCCCGAGGUGCAGGCGGACGUCACCCUGCCCUCUGCCCAAGGGGACCUCAAGACCGGAGACCUCAGCAUCCAGCUCCCGUCCGUGGACGUGGAUGUCGCAUCAGGCGUCAAGGCCGUGCAGCCCCCUGAGCUGGAGGUACCCGAAGCCACACUCCCGGACGUGGAAGUCAGAGGCGGCCUCAAGGGCCACCUGCCCAAGGUGAAGACCCCCAGCUUCAAGGUGCCCAAAGUGGACUUCAAGGCGCCCCAGGUGGACAUCUCGGCGCCCAAGCUGGACGUGAAGGGCCCCAAGGCAGAGGUCAGCACCCCCAGCGUCGAGGUGAAGCUGCCCACCGCUGACGUCGAGAUUCGCGCCCCUGAUGCCACGCUGGAGGCGGACAUCGCCCUGGGAGGCAAGGACGUGGGGGCCAGGGACAGCAAGUUCAAGAUGCCCAAGUUCAAGAUGCCGUCCUUCGGGGGCUCCGCUGCUGGCAAGUCCAUCGAGGCCUCCAUGCACAGCGACGUGGACGUCACGCUGCCCGAGGUGCAGGCGGACGUCACCCUGCCCUCUGCCCAAGGGGACCUCAAGACCGGAGACCUCAGCAUCCAGCUCCCGUCCGUGGACGUGGAUGUCGCAUCAGGCGUCAAGGCCGUGCAGCCCCCUGAGCUGGAGGUACCCGAAGCCACACUCCCGGACGUGGAAGUCAGAGGCGGCCUCAAGGGCCACCUGCCCAAGGUGAAGACCCCCAGCUUCAAGGUGCCCAAAGUGGACUUCAAGGCGCCCCAGGUGGACAUCUCGGCGCCCAAGCUGGACGUGAAGGGCCCCAAGGCAGAGGUCAGCACCCCCAGCGUCGAGGUGAAGCUGCCCACCGCUGACGUCGAGAUUCGCGCCCCUGAUGCCACGCUGGAGGCGGACAUCGCCCUGGGAGGCAAGGACGUGGGGGCCAGGGACAGCAAGUUCAAGAUGCCCAAGUUCAAGAUGCCGUCCUUCGGGGGCUCCGCUGCUGGCAAGUCCAUCGAGGCCUCCAUGCACAGCGACGUGGACGUCACGCUGCCCGAGGUGCAGGCGGACGUCACCCUGCCCUCUGCCCAAGGGGACCUCAAGACCGGAGACCUCAGCAUCCAGCUCCCGUCCGUGGACGUGGAUGUCGCAUCAGGCGUCAAGGCCGUGCAGCCCCCUGAGCUGGAGGUACCCGAAGCCACACUCCCGGACGUGGAAGUCAGAGGCGGCCUCAAGGGCCACCUGCCCAAGGUGAAGACCCCCAGCUUCAAGGUGCCCAAAGUGGACUUCAAGGCGCCCCAGGUGGACAUCUCGGCGCCCAAGCUGGACGUGAAGGGCCCCAAGGCAGAGGUCAGCACCCCCAGCGUCGAGGUGAAGCUGCCCACCGCUGACGUCGAGAUUCGCGCCCCUGAUGCCACGCUGGAGGCGGACAUCGCCCUGGGAGGCAAGGACGUGGGGGCCAGGGACAGCAAGUUCAAGAUGCCCAAGUUCAAGAUGCCGUCCUUCGGGGGCUCCGCUGCUGGCAAGUCCAUCGAGGCCUCCAUGCACAGCGACGUGGACGUCACGCUGCCCGAGGUGCAGGCGGACGUCACCCUGCCCUCUGCCCAAGGGGACCUCAAGACCGGAGACCUCAGCAUCCAGCUCCCGUCCGUGGACGUGGAUGUCACAUCAGGCGUCAAGGCCGUGCAGCCCCCUGAGCUGGAGGUACCCGAAGCCACACUCCCGGACGUGGAAGUCAGAGGCGGCCUCAAGGGCCACCUGCCCAAGGUGAAGACCCCCAGCUUCAAGGUGCCCAAAGUGGACUUCAAGGCGCCCCAGGUGGACAUCUCGGCGCCCAAGCUGGACGUGAAGGGCCCCAAGGCAGAGGUCAGCACCCCCAGCGUCGAGGUGAAGCUGCCCACCGCUGACGUCGAGAUUCGCGCCCCUGAUGCCACGCUGGAGGCGGACAUCGCCCUGGGAGGCAAGGACGUGGGGGCCAGGGACAGCAAGUUCAAGAUGCCCAAGUUCAAGAUGCCGUCCUUCGGGGGCUCCGCAGCUGGCAAGUCCAUCGAGGCCUCCAUGCACAGCGACGUGGACGUCACGCUGCCCGAGGUGCAGGCGGACGUCACCCUGCCCUCUGCCCAAGGGGACCUCAAGACCGGAGACCUCAGCAUCCAGCUCCCGUCCGUGGACGUGGAUGUCGCAUCAGGCGUCAAGGCCGUGCAGCCCCCUGAGCUGGAGGUACCCGAAGCCACACUCCCGGACGUGGAAGUCAGAGGCGGCCUCAAGGGCCACCUGCCCAAGGUGAAGACCCCCAGCUUCAAGGUGCCCAAAGUGGACUUCAAGGCGCCCCAGGUGGACAUCUCGGCGCCCAAGCUGGACGUGAAGGGCCCCAAGGCAGAGGUCAGCACCCCCAGCGUCGAGGUGAAGCUGCCCACCGCUGACGUCGAGAUUCGCGCCCCUGAUGCCACGCUGGAGGCGGACAUCGCCCUGGGAGGCAAGGACGUGGGGGCCAGGGACAGCAAGUUCAAGAUGCCCAAGUUCAAGAUGCCGUCCUUCAGGGGUUCUUCCUUUAGCAAGUCUACGGAUCACUCUGUAAACGUUGACCUGGAUGAUGCAUUAGGCCCUGCACCUCAGAUUUCAGUUCCUGGUUUUUCAUCUGUUUCCUCCAGUACUGUUCGUCAUCAGUUCCAGUCUGAUGCCUCCUUCUCUGUUCCCUCUGAUACUGGCACCGUAAUCACAUCCCAGGAUGAUGCCUCUUAUGCUCUUCACUCAGGUGUAUUGCCCCUGGAGAGCUCCGAAGUGGUCUUGGGUGAUGUCUCCCUUGGCACCGUCGAUGGAGAACUGCUGUCCCCUGUUGAUUCUCAUCCUGAACCUCGGGUUUCUUUGUUUCCCACAUCAUAUACACCUGUGACUUUUCCUAAAUUUCAUAGACCAAAGUUUCAGUAUUCAGAUCCCAGAAUGGUGGUUGGUUUCGAGGCCCCUGAUGCUCUGGUUCCCCAUACUGUGUCUGGCCCUUAUUCCUCACAGGGUUUUGACUCCUCAGAAAGCCCUGUGACUGGCCCACAGCUGUUGUGUUCAGGUUCAGAUUCUCUGUGCAUGGCCCCCGAGGUCCCAUCACACACUGAGGGGUCUUCUGCAGCAGCGGCAUGUGGAGCUCCCACUGAGGGUGCUGACCGGGCACGGAAGGGCAGUCCAUUAAAAAUGCCCAAGCUCAAGCUCCCAUCUUUUCGGUGGUCUCCCAAGAAAGGUGUCCCUAAACACCACCUGGAGGAUGUAAAGCUCAGUGCAGCCACAGAAACAGACAGGCUUCAAGGGGUGCCCCAAGUUUCUAUUCCCCCAACGGAUGUCCCUCCAGAGGAGGAUGGAGAGGGGAGCAAGCUAGAGCAGACUGGCCCAGCGCUGCCAGAGCUUACUCUUCUUACAGCUGAGCUCUCCCAGGCCAGGGCUGGUCUGUCGUCAGGAGAGCCGCACCCUACCUUUUCUGGGACCUUCGUGGCCAAGAGUGGCUUCAAGGACUCUGGCACCACAGAGCAACACAGCCUCUCUCUAGGAAAUAGUGCCUGUGGGGAAGUCUCCACAAGGCAGCCCUUCGGGAAGCCAGUGAUCCCUACCACAGAAAACCCACUCCCGCCAUCCUGUAAACACAAGGAUGCUCAAGUGUCAAGCACAGAGGGGGUAGCCUCUCGAGACAGCUGGUUUAGGAUGCCUACAUUCCACCUGCCUGGCCUGCGGCGUGCUCCAUCCAAGGAGAAAGGGGAGGCUGCAGGGCUGGAGAAGGUUCCCAGACUCCUACCUGAUACCUGCAGCCCCAGAGAAGAAGCUCCUGGUAGAAUUAUGAGUCAGGGGCUCCUUGGGGAGGUGGCUGUGCCCCUGCAUUCCCUCAAGAGCAGUGAGGACAAGGCAUCUCUCGACAGCGCCUCCUAUGCUGACGUGCUUCGCCGCAAUUUGCACAGUACUGGCCCAGGCUCUGGGCAGCAGCCUCUUACAGCCGGGUCAUCUUCCCCUGUUGGGACCUGUCCAGGAGAAAGCCCCCUCAUGCUUACCCAAGUCAGCUUUUCUGAAAUCCCAGGCCCUGAAGCAGAGGCAGUGAAGAGACCUUCGACACUGGCGGCGCCCAGCCCCCAUGGCUCAGGCCCCACUUCCCUUGGGGGCAUGGGAGUAGUCUGGGAAGAUUCCGUGCUCAAAGUACGGUUUCCCAAACUGAAGGUGCCAAGGUUCACCUUCCCUGACCCCAGCUUGGACACUGACAUUUUCAUCCCAAUGGUUCGGGAAGUGUGGCACCCCGAGAACCAUCUCCACCUCACUCUGCAGACAGAGAGCCCUGAAAUCUGGGGUGCAACCAUCCUAAAGGAGAGUGCAGGGCACUGCAGGGAGCAGCUAAAGGACUGUCACCUCUCCUCAGAACUGCCCCCCAUUUCUAAGGUGAGAGUGCGCAUUCAAGGAGCUCAGGCCGAGAGCCACGCAGUCACCAUCCACAGCAGGGCACUGGCAGGCUCUGCUGAUCCCUGGGGACCCAAGACCUUUACUACUGAGACUGUACAUGAGUUGGAGACCCCAGCCUCACAGAAGGCCUCCUAUGGAUUCUCCCUGCUGAAGGGGAGACUCUCAGAGCCCACUCUCCAGACAGGUGUGAGCCUCGGGGCUCAGGAAACUCCCACAGAGGCAGUCCUGAGCGCUGACUCUCAAGAACCAUUUGAAGUGGUCUCCAGCGACAGGGAGUCAACGGCUGCCUCUGAAGUUGGCUCUGGUGCCCAACUUGCCGAGAGCUGUUCUGAUGAGGAGCCUGCAGAAAUCCUUGAAUUUCCCCCUGAAGACAGCCCUGGGGCAACCCUGGCAGAACACAGUCCCCCAAAAGAGAAACCAGAAAGUAAAAGGUCUUCCGGGCUCUUCAGGUUCUGGUUCCCAAACAUUGGGUUUUCUCCAUCGGCCCCUGAGGAGCCAGUUGCUGACUCUGGAGCCCAAAUACAGCAAAAAGGCCCAGUUCAAAAGCAGCCCGAGGCCCGGCCUGAAUCAAGGCUGCCUGGCAAGCAGGAGAAGGCAGGCUGGUUCCGGUUUCCCAAACUGGGGUUCUCCUCCCCUCCCACUGAGAAAUGCCAAGCCACUGAGGAUGAGGCAAACCUAGCAGAGCAGAACCUCCAAGAUGAAACAGCCACCUUUUUUGAUGCCCGAGAGACCUUCUCUCCUGGAGAGGAAGAGGAGGAGCUGACCCAUGACGCAGAGGCCGCACACACAGCUGCAUCCUCAGCGAGGACCAAGUGAUCCCGCUGGAGCACCAGAGUGCUAGGGCCCGCAGAUUCUGACAGCCACAGAAAUGGGGUUACAAGGUGCGCCCACCUCUGUGCCUAUGGACUGAGGCCACAGGUGCUCAACCCACAGUACACCCCCAAGCUUGGCAAGCCAAAGACAUCCUGUCUCACCAACAUGCCUGACUUGGCCCGGCCCAUGGCAGAGGAGUGCUGGAGAUGGGUCUUGAGUGAAGACGUUUCCAGGGACCUGCUCCAGUGCCCACCAGAACAUGAUUUUUGCUUUGUGAAGAGAGCGCUGGUGAAUGGAGAAAUAGUUCUUGGGUCAUGUCUGUUGCUGCUUCCUGACAAUCAUAGACUAGCACGUUCCAGAAACUGCCUCGCACUUCUAGCUAGCCCUCUCCUCCCUCGUCUGACCAGAGCAAGCUCUGGAUGCUUGUUGAGUGGCACCCUGGUGCCAGGUGGAAGGUGGCGCUCGGCAGGUGAACCAGCAGAGGGGAUGUCUGAGAUGUGCCUCAUGCUUCCAGGGCCUCAGGGCCUCCGGAGGCACACACCCCAUGUCGCCCCAGGGUGCAGCCAGGUUACCGGGAACCUGAGCAUUUCUUCCCCAAAUGGGCAAUAAAGCAUG